UGACAGUCAGGUGUGCACAAAGUCGCGCGCUAGCUGCCGGCGAGAUGUGAACUGGCAUUAAACCCUGAAGCGGCUAGCUCCAACCUCGGAAGGCUUACGUUCCAAGUUACGUCGUGUCUUCUUGAGCUGUCGAGCACACCCAAAGAGCUUCAGAAAUACCAGGAAACCUCAGUGCUGCCACAAUGCGUUUCUUUCGUUCCAUUUUGCCCUCUCUUUUGGUCUCCGGCGCCUGCGUGGUCUCCGCAGCCUCGUCCUGGGGCUUUGAAGAUGCCACCUUGACCGUUCAGAGCAAAGGUGCAGGUGUUGGAGGGGGUCUCAAGGAGAAAUUAGCCGUCAAUUCGCCAUUGUCCAAGCAGGUCACCUUGGGAGCGACCGACACUCUGAAGAUACUCCUCACAACAACAGAUGGAAAAAAGGCAAAGCGCCCACAUCAGGCAUUCCUCACAGUCACUGAGCAAGCUUCGGGUCUGGAAGAGUCUUUUAUCUUCAGCGUCAAGGAUACCGGCAAAGGAAAAGUCGAAUUGACGCAAAAAGAUCUCCCAACACCGCUCCUCCUAGCCUCCGAGCCUCUCACAGCGUCCCUCGUCAUUGCCUCUUUCGGCUCAUCAACUCCCUACAAAAGCAAAGCUUUCGAAAUCACAGUCGAGCGCGAUCCAAACGCACCAAUUGCCGCUGGCGAGAAGCCUGUUCGAUACGGCAAGCUUGAGGAGAUUCACCACAUCUUCCGCUCAGACCCUAAGUCGCCUCCAAAGAUUAUCACUUUAGUGUUCACAGCUGCUGUGCUGGGUGCUCUCCCGGUCUUGUUCGGAGUCUGGCUCACCCUCGGUGCCAACCUCAACCACAUUUCCAAGGCCCUUAGCAGCGCUCCCCUAUCGCAUGCCCUCUUUUUUGGGUCCAUUGUUGCGCUGGAGGGCAUUUUCUUCCUAUACUAUACCAGCUGGAAUCUGUUCCAGACGCUGCCCGCUGCGGGAGCUGUUGGAUUAGUGGCUUUCUUGAGCGGUAGCAGAGCGCUGUCUGAGGUCCAGGAACGGCGGUUAGCCGGGCUAAGAUAAACUGCGCCAAGAAGCAGUAGUACGAUGAAUAUGUGUUUCGGGGAUGAAUGGAGUCUGGCUUCAAGGCUGUAUUAUGCACCAAAAGUACCGUGUAAGAUGAGGGCCGGGUUUCUUCGGGUUCUUGUCCGUGGCAUUUUUUAGGAGUCCGUAGAUAGAUGGAUAAGUGCUCGGUGUGCAGAGAUUACAGCACAUACCAUAUUUGGUGAAAACUAAUUGUGAAGCAUGGGGCCGAAUUAUAUGCCAAGACGUAUGCACCUCCA